AUGUCGGAGGACUCAAGCAUGAAGCCUUGCGCCCUGCUUUUCGGUAACGCUGGCACCAUCAUCGCUGCCACUCCCAAUCUUGGCCUUCGUACCAAAAUCAAGACUCAGGUCGAAACGGUCAACCCACCAAGUGCGGAUUCAUAUUUCGGAUUUCACUUGACUGUCCGUCGUGAUCGCAGACAACUUGUCAGCGAAGAUGAGGGGAACGGCGUUUGCUUUUCCUACGACCCCUCCCUCGAUGAGCCUGUUUUGGCAGACUUUCGCAUCACCGUCAAGUUUCCCCGCGGCGGUGUCUCCUGUGACUAUCUCCCAGUUCCGGAGGAUCGCGCUUUCGGGAUUGUGAUCCAAGGUUAUGCCCAGGAGUAUUAUAACUCCCCCGACCCCAAGCUUGAGGCGUGGGCUAGACACAAUGGCAAAAUCAACAACGUCUCGCUUCUGGAUGUGCUUCAGCAACGUGAUUUCUACUUCGUUGUGGAAAUGGAUAUCGGCUCGUGCAGGGAGGUCAUGGGAGACGAGGGCCUUUCCCCAAGAUUCACGUAUGGCUACCCCAGGCAGCCUACUAACGUCGAGGAGAUGAAGAAUCUUGUCAACGGAAAUCAAGGUGGCGCCUUUACGCCGUGCUAUAAUAGCCUUGACAAUGACGACUCAUUUAUCACGGCUAUCAACCAAAGUGUUGUCCAAGACAACCUUUGGCUGCAACGAGAAGCCGAGGUGAUAGCACAAGAGCGCUUACAAGCAUAUUUCGUCGCACCUCCAGGGAAUAUCCCUCCAGGCACCGGCCUUAAUCUUCUGGUUUCGGUACCAGAGAAGUGGAAGAACUCCCACGAGCUCGCCUUGAGACACUCACUGAUGAGCAACGCUUUGUUUAAAGUUAAAAUUUAUGACGUUGUGGGGUCUGAGGACCCUCAGCCAGCUCUAUGGGUUGGUAAGAUAAUUGAGCGAGGUGGUUCCAUUCCCGAACUUGACUCACAUCUGACUGGAGACAACGAGCUGGUCCUACGAGUUCGCACCGCUGCCGAGCCCCAGAACUCUGUGUCCUUAGUAUUGGAUUCUGGCAUGGAAGAGGUCAAAAGAAGGGUCAAAGGCAUGCGAGCAUUCCGGUCCAAUGCCCCGCCGACGAACCCAAGGGCAUGGGGCAUGGCCGUGGACGCCGAAGGUGAAAUCCUUGCGCCGCACCUACUUGACAGAGAUCAAAUGAACACGGCUAGUGAGGUCCUCUUCAAGAUGAGAGUUCACCGUGCCGUACUUCGUGGUACAGGCUUCUAUGAAGCGUUCAGGACGACACAAGACCUGAGGAUCGGCUGUUUGCCCGCAAUAAGUUACACCCGGCACGAUGAUCCCUACCUCAUUCAGCAGCGUGCGCUCAAUAUUGGUAUCAUCAUCGGGGAAACGGGAUCUGGAAAGACCACCCUCGGGGUGGCUGCAGCCCUCGCUAUGGAGGCCAAACUCGGGAAGAUUUUGUGUUCCGGUCCCUCAAAUGCGUCGAUAGACCUCUUUGCCAGUCGCCGUGACACUGGAGGUCGUGCCGUAGCGGCGCGCUACAAUACCAUCCUACCCGCGGGCCACCCUGAUCGCCGCCGCCAUCAUCUGGUUAUACGCAUGUACGCGCAGAACGAUGAAAUGAUGGCGAUCGCUCAAGUUCUGAACAACCCCCAGGCUGUUGACUGGGCGCAGAACAUGGGCGAGUUCUUUCGAGAAACACACUGGAAGAUGCACCUCUCCCUGGCCUACUGGACCUUGGCCAUCUUGCGGUCGAACGCUGUGCCAGCCCUCGACGCCGACUGCAAGCUGAACCUACGCACUAUACAAAGCUCCCUCGACAACGACGCCAGUGUCUCACCACUCCGCCAGGUCGCUCGUGGACACAUCAGCUGGGCGCAAUAUACCGCCACGCCGGAUGCCAUUCCGAUUCUUCAGAGAACUAUGUGCAGGAUCUUACGCCAGGCCGAUUUCCUGUGUGUGCAUCCGGCGGAAGCGGAGAUCUCGCCGCUUCCUCUUUGGAAGAGUCUUUUUGCCAAAGGUCUCGUAGUGGAUGACGCCGGAAAAAUGAAUCGAGCCGACUUUUACGGUCUCUGGGGGAACACCCUCCUUCCCAUCUUCCUCAUUGGAGAUCCCGGUGAGAAGCCUGUGGUUCUCACAAUCGACGAGGCUGACGAGAAUGGCAACUUGCUGAAUCGCUUUGCCGCAGAUGGCGCAAUUUCGCCACUGAAAUUCCUCGUGGCAACUGGCAUCCCCGUGUUCCGCUUGUAG